AUGAGACUUUCAGCGGCUUUGUCAAUUGCCCCCCUGGGUGCCGGUCUGGUCCAGGCCAUCUUGGACGUCGAUGCCAUUACUAAGAAGUACUUUGGCAAUGACGCGCCUUGGUACAAGAACCGCAUCACUGAUGUUUAUUACUACCGGUGGAACCUCUUCCGCACUCAUCAGCGCGACAUCGGCUCAAAGCAUGGCUUCAUCUCCACUGAGUUUAUAGAUAACGUCGGUUGGCAGACUCAGCCUUGGGCCUCUAACAACUGCGCCGCUAUCUUCCAUCUUUCUGAAGGUCGGUGGUGCCGUGACCCGCGGUUCAAGCAAGACUAUGCGACAUUCAUGUAUAGCUCAGACAGCAACCCGCGUCAGUUCUCCGAGAGCAUGGCCGAUGGAGUUUGGAGAAAUUACCUUGUCGAUGGUAAUCCAGAACUGGCAUUUUCUCUCUUGGACGAUAUGCAGAGAAUUUACAAUCUUUGGGUUGGAGACCAUUUCGAUAAAUCCAAGGGCCUAUUCUGGGUAGAGCCCAUUGCAGACGCUACGGAGUACACCAUCUCCAGUAUCGAUGCCUCUGGCGGCUACGACGGUUUCUUUGGAGGCAAUGCGUUUCGACCCACUAUCAACACCUAUCAGUACGCGAAUGCUCGUGCCAUCGCAAAGAUCGCUUCUCUGAAAGGCGGCCUUGAUAACGUCGUGGAGGAGUACAAUACUCGCGCCGAGGCACUAAAAGCGACCCUUCAAAGGGAUUUGUGGAACUCUACCUUCGAGCACUUCAUCGACCGCUACUUCGUCGACAACGAGAACGUAACCUACUGGGACUUCAUCAGAGGGCGUGAGCUUGCUGGCUUCGUCCCCUGGGCUCACGACCUCCCUGAUGAUGAUGCGAAGUUUGGCAAGGCUUGGAAGCACGCACUCAACCCCGACGAGCUUGGCGGUCCCUUCGGGUUGCGUACCGUUGAGCCCUCGUACGAACAUUACAUGCGCGUGUGGAGAUACGAGGGCACUCACACCGAGUGCCAUUGGAACGGUCCUUCUUGGCCCUACCAAACGACGCAGGUACUGACCUCAUUGGCCAAUGUGCUUGACCACUACCCAAACUCCUCAUCCUUUGUUGCCGUGAGCGACUACACCAGACUCCUUCAGCAGUACGCCCAGCAACACUACAAUAAACACUACAACAACACUCUCGACAUUGAGGAGAACUACGAUCCUGAUACUGGUGAACCGAUUGUUGGCCUUGGUCGCUCGCACCACUACUUCCACUCUGGCUACGUUGACCUUAUUCUCACAGGGUUCGUCGGUAUCCGUCCACGCGAAGAUGAUGUUCUUGAGAUCAACCCCCUAGCCGAUCCUACUGCCAUCUCUUACUUCCGCGCCGAGCGCAUCUUGUACCACGGUCGCGAGGUAGCUGUUCAGUGGGACACCACUGGCGAGUACUACGGCCAGGCAGGUUUGCGCGUUGAGGUGGAUGGCAAGGUCGUUGCUUCUUCGGAUAAGCUCGAGCGACUCACUGCCCAAGUCAUCCGCACAUCCGUCUCGGUAGCCCGCCCCUUGGCCAAGUCAAUUCAGCUCCAGGCCACGGAGCCUCUUCCAAUGAUCAAUGCAUCCAUUCCCAACUACAACGUUGAUCGUCUCCACGACGUGUUUGAUGGACGUAUCUGGUUCUGGAUUCAAGACGCUAUCGCAAACGGCUUUGAUACUCCUGAGGACAGCAGUUCCGAAGAGUGGGUCAGCAUAGAGUUCGGCUCAACUGUCGAUACCGCCCGUGCUGAGAUUGCGUUCUUCGCGAAUGAAGAAAAGGGCUUCGAUGUGCCUAUUAGCUACAAGCUACAGGUUCUAAGCGGCAAGUGGACUGAUGUCGCCGACGCGACCUAUGAAGAGCCUCUAGCGAACGGUAUCACCAACGUCAAGUGGACUGGCGUUUCUACAGAGUCUGUCCGCAUCCUAGUCACGCCGCAAGAAGGGAAACGCGUCCGCUUAGUGGAGUUGAAGAUUUUUGAAGAGUGA